AUGGCUAUCGGUCCGACCAUUGGCACCGGCUUGUUCAUCGGCGCGGGCCAGGCCCUCGCGGACGGCGGACCUGCCUCACUGCUCAUAUCAUAUAUACUCCUAUCCUUUCUAACCUUGGCCACGACCACAAGCGUGGCCGAGGUAUCCACUCACAUGCCAUCACAGCAUGGGACACUCGUUACCAAUGGUUACGUAUACAUGUCAAGCAGUCUGGCAUUUGCUUCAGCAUACCUUCGCUGGUAUACCCUCGCUUUGUUCGUUCCAUACGAACUCACAUCGGCGAUGGUCAACCUUGGCCUAUGGAAACCAGGUUCUGCAGUCGCAAUCAGAUUGGUUAUCCUCACGAUCAUCGUUGUUGGAACCAACUUCCUGCCGGACAGGAUCUUCAAAAGCUCCGAGCGAUUGUUCACUGGCAUCAAGAUUGGCACAAUGGCGUCCCUCUUCGUCUUCUCCCUGGCUUUGGGUCUUGGAGGUGUGGGUGUGCAGCCCCCAUGGGGAUUCAAAUACUGGAAACACCCAGGCGCCAUGAAUGAGUAUCUAGCCCGAGGUCUAUGGGGACGAGUCUUGGCUUUCUUCCAAUGCCUUCUCGAUGGCUCCAUUGCUUUCACAUUUGCUCCUGAGCUCAUUGUGCAUCGAGCAGAAUUGCCAGCAUCACUUGUGCCGGCAUCACUUCUUGAAACAGAGAUGCUAAGCGCCAGCAUCCCAGGUAGAGUCACAGCGGACGUUGCUCAAACUGCAUUCCCAUAUAUCCUGAGCUCCUUGGCCAUGGGCGUCAUGGCUCCUUUCAAUGAUACGCGUUUGACGAACAACGGAACGGGCCCUGGGUUUUCUCCUUACCUGAUCGGUCUCAAAAAUGCAAAUGUUCAAAUUGUACCUACUAUCGCGACGAUCGCAAUCCUGCUCUCCGCGGUUGCUUCUGGGCGAUCCUUUUUGUAUCUCUCCUCUCGCACCCUUUGUGCAAUGUCGGAGCUCGGCCAUGCGCCCUCGGUAUUUUCCAACCGUAACCGUUGGAAUGUUCCAUAUUUUGCCGUUGUGGCGUCUGCUUUGUUCUCCUCUCUUGCCUUUGUCUCAGUGAGAGUGUCGAGUCCAAUCAUGAACACCUAUCUCCUUCGACUCGUCACAAGCGCCGGUUCUAUUUCCUCACUUGUGUCAUGCAUCAUCUACCGUCGCUUUGAUCGACGACUCAAAAGGAGCGGAAUCGCCAGGCGGUAUAGUUUCUCUUUACAACCAUUUGGCACAUAUUUCGGGAUGUUCAUCAGCACUCUACUGCUACUAGGCGGCGGGUUGUGGGCAGGGCCAAAGGAAAAUCUGCUUGGGACCCGAAGAGCCAGACUGAUCAUCUCGUAUAUCAAUAUCGCGGUAUUCAUCCUCCUGUUCUUGUUCCGUCGAUUCCAAGACUUUGUGCCCGUUGUUGAACUUGAAAGACACUUUGAUAUGGGUGGAGGAACUCGGACAAAGAAAACGAGCCCGCCUCAGACGAAUGUUGAUGCAACCCCAGGGGGCCGGGCGGCGAUUGAAUUGCGACUCAGCCAGACCGUGAUCACCGAGGCCUAA